GCGUACGUACAACUGGGGUACGUGCCAGGUUGCAUGGUACGUGCAGUGUCCCCAGUGUUCUCCUGUGUUGUCGUUUAUUCUUAACCUGUCCAUGUGUGUUACCUCGCGUUUAAACACCUUCGGACCCGAGGACAGGGGCACAGCGGGUCACUGCGGGUCACUGCGGGUUGUAGAGAGAGCAACCCCCAGGCGGAACAUAUGAAAUACAGUGAGCACUCGCUUACGACCUGUGCUAGCUGCUUUUAGCUUAUUAAGCUCGGCUGGUAACGUGUUGUUUAACCUUACCAAAUACGGUUAUUAGGAUAACUAGCCGUUAGUUAACGUUAGCUAAUGUUAACUGUUGCUGGGACACUUAUAAAGUAAUACCACUAAGUUAUAAGCGGUUCACCUAACAGCUAGGGAAGAGCUCGAACCUGGUGACCUUCUGUGACAGCUGGGUGUGUGGUUUGUGAAUGGACAGUAGCUACAGCUGGCCAGAGGACAGACAUAUGGACCAGUAUGACAGCUACGUAACCGCAGCACCGAGCCUCGUUGAGCGCUGGUAACGGGACAUGUGAGUAGAGUUUAUGGUUGUGUGCUCGCUUGUAAGAAUGACUCGCCGCUCGGUGGUUAACUUUGUGAGCUUUGGGAAUCGAGCUGUCAGCCUGCUGUACGGUAACCCCCUUCGACCGCUCCACACUUCAACAUGCAACCCCUCCUCGCAGCCGAAAGCUGGCUUUAAACCGGAGAAAGUGGCGGUGGUCACCAAGACCACACGGUAUGAGUUUGAACAGCAGAGGUAUCGCUAUGCGGGGCUCUCUGAAGAGGACUUGAAACAGCUGCUUGCUAUGAAGGGCUCCAGCUACAGUGGCCUGCUUGAAAGACACAACAUCCACACCAACAAUGUGGAACAUAUUGUGAAGAGCCUGCGGAGAGAGGGCAUCGAUGUGCGAGUGGUGAAGAGAGGAGAGUACGAUGAAGAAGUGGUGCGAUGGGCGGACACCAUCAUCUCUGCUGGAGGCGAUGGGACAAUGCUACUUGUUGCCAGUAAGGUUUUAAGCAAGGACAAACCAGUUGUUGGAGUAAACACGGACCCUGAGAGGUCAGAAGGCCAUCUGUGCCUGCCUGUGCGGUACACUCGUGCCUUCCCAGAGGCCCUGGAGAAACUCUGUCGUGGUGAGUUCAGGUGGCUUUGGCGUCAGAGGAUCCGCCUGCACUUGGAGGGCACAGGAAUCAACCCCACCCCCGUGGACCUGCAUGAGCAGCAGCUGAGCCUGGAGCAGCACAGUCAAGCACACCGAAUCACCACCAGGGACAUCCAGCGGAGUACGACUCCACCACCCUUCUUGUGGACAGGAACCCUACAUGAGAGCUUCUCCAAGCCUAGUCUUCUCCCCAUCAGAAGCCUGAAUGAAAUCUUCAUCGGAGAAUCUCUGUCCUCCAGGAUGAAGUUAAAAUCCUUCACACCCCUUGUUAACCUCUUGCUCCAUAGGGCUUCCUACUAUGAGAUCUCUGUGGAUGAUGGCCCAUGGGAAAAGCAGAAAAGUUCAGGACUCAGCAUUUGCACAGGAACAGGAUCCAAAGCCUGGUCAUAUAACAUUAACAAACUUGUUGAACAAGCUGUGGAAGAGGUUCUCAAAAUCGGAAAGUCCCAAACAGGUCUCGACAUCCCACUGAAUCGUGACUUCAUUGAAAAAGUUACUGAUGAAUACAACGAGUCUCUGGUGUUCAGUCCAGACGACAGGCGUUUGUUCUACAGCAUCAGGGAGCCCAUCGUCAACAGAGUCUUCUCCAGCAGUCGGCAGAGAGGCUUCGCCAGCAAGGUGUGUGUCCGCUCCCGGUGUUGGGACGCCUGCAUGGUGGUCGACGGCGGGACCUCGUUCGAGUUCAACGAUGGUGCCAUCGCUACAGUCAGCAUGAGCGAGGAGGAUCAGCUCAGGACAGUCCUCCUCGAAAACUGAGAUGAGUCCAGAGCACGACGACACUCAACUGCUUUCUCUCCGGUGUUCAAAUGGAUGUGGUCAAAGGGAAGAACCAGUUUUUAGCUUAUAGCCUCUAAAAGUGUUGAAUAUUUUUAUACCUGGAAGAAAAGGUAUGAUUGUUACUAAUGUGAUAUUAAAUGUGUGCAUUGUGCAUUUAUUUCCAAAUCAGACUUUUUUUCUUUUGAUUUUUAAUCUUUAUUAUCAACAGGUAGGGCUGCACAAAAAGUUAGUUACUCAUUGAUUCUAGGGACAAAAUAUGUUUAUUGCACUUUGUAAUGAACAAAGCACUGCUUUCAUUUCCAUGUGCUAUAUGCAUCAAAAUAAGACAGGUUCCAAAACUUAUUAACCAAAAUUAAAUCAACAGAGCACUGCCUUCAGUCUCACUGGAUGGAUACGGUGACACACUGUGUGGCGUCUGUGUUAUGGAUAUCUGAGUUGACGCUAGACAAGGCCGGUGACUCAGUGCGGUAACGUUAGCAAAUUUAUUUGUCUUGACCUUCAUUGUGCUGCAGCUUGUAGUGUUUUUUCGGGUGGUUGAAUGCACUCUUUGGAUAUAAUGUACUUGCUUCACAUCACUUGCACCAAAUCCCAAAUACUUCCAACCGCCAUGAUCCUUUUCGCCUUCUGCUCCAGACAUUUGAAUUUCGUUUUGGCUGUCUGCUUUCGGUUGUAUAUUACCGGUACUCCUCUACUCUGCACUGCAGCCGCAACAUCCAGGAAAUUAUUGCAUACUGUGACAUGACAGCUCCCCAGAAGCGAUCACCCCUGGUGGGCUGGCUGUUUAGCUUAGCAAGCGUUUGCUUUAAUAUGCAGCUGGGUUUCCCAGGAUCACACAUUUUAAACAUCAGUAUUGCAGUCUAUCAUGUUUAUUUAUUUGUGGGAAGCCAAAAUCGUGAUCACUAUAUUCCAGUAAUUGUGCAGCCCUAUCCACAGGUUAAAACAGGUUAGAAUCUGCUGGGUUGUACUGGCUAUAAUCCAAUUUGUAGAUACUGUGUCAAACAACAUGUGAACCUGUUUUUCAUUGCGUCAAAUCAACAGUGAGUCUGUAAGCAGGGAAAGAGGUGAAAGAUCAGGUAUGAGGAUUGUGUUACUAGAAAUCAAAUCAAAUGUUUAAAUCUGUGUCUAUUUCUGAGUAGAUGUCGGUCCAUUCUGGUUGGAACAGUGACUUAUCCUGUCAAUAAAACUGACGCCUCGCCUUGAUGAUUAUCCAUGUCUAUUUGGGGGUCAGAUGCAAACAGACAUUGUAAUGUGCUUUCACACCUGUGUAUCCAUUGGUUAAUGAUUUUUAAAGGAUGAAAAUGUAAGAUAUUCUAUUCUUUUAAAUUAUUGUCAACAAAUCCCCAAUAGUCAGCUACUUUUUCACUUCCUUAGCCUGUCUGUGGCUCUCAGCUCCAAGCCCAUUGCUUCCUGAAGGUGCAAAUCUGGUUUGUUAAGUAUAUAGUUAAGUUUUUUUGUUAAUAAGGCUCAGUUAUUCCCUGAAACCUUAUCCCUCAUAGUUUUUAUGAAACGUUACUCAAACAGUUGGAAGUGGUGUUUGUAGGGGACUAUAUUCAGUGGCGGAUUAAUCCACAUUUGGUGCUCUAGUGAGUAUUGUGUGUGUGUGCGCGCGUGCUAAUGAACACAACAGUGCGGCUCACUGAUGAGUUUUUAUGGACAACAGUGGAGAUCUAUGGCACAGAGGAAGAAGAUAAAUCAGACUUGUUAGUUGGUUUGGGUCUGCACCCAUGUUGACAAUAAGAAAACUAUAGAAUAUCACCAGACUUAUCCUUUCAAAUGUCUAAUUUGUACUGAAAGUAUAUGAAAGUGUGUCUAAAUGGUGAACUAUAAGCAAAGUGGCUGUUUGUUAAGGCAUAUUUGUUGACUAAAGGUAUUUUUGGAACAUAGCUUAUAUUUUUUCUAGCUCUUUGAGCCACUAAAAAGAGAACUCCAUUCUUAAAGGGCAGAAUGAGUAGGAUUUGGUGGUUGCUAAAGUGGGCCCCUCCUCUGCGGCUCAAUGAGAGCAUGAGCAAGAAUAAAAGCAAGGUGAAUUAGAGAAAGGGGUUAUUUUUUCUAAUUGUUUCAUAGCAGUUACGUUCUAAAGCAACAUGGCCACACCUCCGCACAACCCUGCGGGAAAGAGCCACAUUGCUGGAUUGUGUGUGAAUUCAGUCAAAGCCGCGCUUUAUUCUUCUGCUCAGCGUGUGUGUAGCUCAGUCCCGCCCUCAGUCAAACGGACACACUGACUGUCACUAGCUACGAUAGUCCCAACAUCACAUCCUGCAUGAUGCCCAAAGUUUGACCCCCCAGAAAUGUCCUGAACAUAGCAAGAUAAGACAACAAAGGCAGAGGGCUGCAGAUCUCUGCAGAUACAGACACACACUAGUGAAGUGAUGAUAAAGAGGGAUUCUUUUUGUAUGAGUCUAUACAUAGUUAAUCCUACUCAUUCUGCCUUUAUUAAAGGAGCAUUUUGCUCCAUAUUUAGGUCAAAAAUCUGUCUUGUAACCUUUCACAAGACAGGAAAAUAGGGUUUUGGAAGUGCUACUGAAUCAGCAGCCUGUGCCUGAGACAAAUGACGAAUAUUUCCACAACAAAAACCUUUUGUGAUAUAGAGUCAUACAAACAAAUGAUUUUAAACCAGUAAAGCCACUUGAUAGUAAAUGCUUGAACCAUGCUGUUUUGUGAUGCUGAAAUGAUUGAGAGUAUGUAGUCGUAAGGAUUUUCAAUAUUUAAUAGAAAUCUAGAAGGUCUCUUGUGUUCACUUGUAAUUCCACUUGAUCGGAAAAACAUUGUUGGUGCACCUUGUAACACCUCCCUGCCCUGGACUCGGAAGCAGGAGGUGAUCUUUUUGAGGAUUCGUUUACGAAAUGAUCAGGAAAUUGUAACAUGCAGCGUGCCAAAGGCAGGGUUCCUCGGGAAAAUACUGUCAGUAUGUUGGGGUGUGUUUUGUUUUUGAAUCAGAUAAAGUGGUAUGAAAAAGAAA